AUGGAUUCCCCCACGUCUUCCUCAUCCAUUGACAAUUAUUAUUACAAAGAGUUUUUAGCCGAUGGGGGUGAGUCGACCGACGAGGAGGUCGAGCAAGAGGUGAUUACAAAUGCGUGUCAACUCACGACGAGGUAUAUUAAACACGUUAGUUGGCCUCCACCCCAAAUUUUUCCAAGAGAAUAUACGGAACGAGACCAACUGUCGGCAAACGCUGGUUUGAUGAAAGAGUACUUUGACAUAGCACCGACAUACCCUAACCCAAACGUUUUUAGGCGUUGUUUCUGGAUGAGUAAACGUUUAUUUCUACGCACUGCCGGAGACUUGGAAAACAAGUUUGAUUACUUUAAGCAAAAACCUGAUGCGAGAGGGAUGCUUGGAUUUACCGCUAUUCAAAAGUGUACUUCAGCUCUACGCGUGCUUGCGUACAUAAACACGACGGACGUCAACAACGAGUACUUAAAGAUAGCUGAGAAAACAACGCGUGAUACCUUGGAGGGACGACAUAGCCUCUCUAUAGGUCUUUUUGACUUAUAG